AUGGCCACAACUAGUAGUAGCUACAAUGGCUCUAUUCCAGGCCUGAAACGAGAACACUUUACCUGUGAUUUCGAAGAAGACGAUGAACAUCAACUUUGCAUACCAACAAUGACCAAAUCGAAGAUUUACUCUGACGGACAGAGUUUCUACUUUUCAUGGACGGCGAGCUAUGGACGAAGGCAGAAAUACUAUCUACAAGCCACUGGCAACAUUGCCAAAGGUGACCAAUGGAAGAACAAUGGACCCAAAUGGUGGGGAUUUGAAUGCAGGUGCUCCUGCCCAGGAUAUGCCGAGCAGGAGCAAAAGACAAUCGAUUCUAAUUACAUGGAGCACCAUGUCUGCCAUCAUUUGCAAAUAGCGUUGGAGCUUUGUGUUGAUCUCAUGGCGAACAAAGAACCGCCGUCGCCUACUUCUGUCGUCGAACGACCAACUACGGAAGUGGACGAGAGGACUCUCUCUCUUCCAGCACCUCCGAGUAUGGAAGAAACGAUCGUGCCUGUAACACAGAGAGAGUCACCAACCAAAGACAACGAAUACGAUGCACAAAUUAUAAUCCCAGGAUUGACCAGGCUGCACUUCAUCGAUGAUUCUACUCGUUGCAAAUGUAGACGAGCUCCUAUUCUAAAAGCGGCUGAUAUUGACCAAAAGUGUGGAGAAUUCGAAGUCCAUUGGCAAGCUGCUGGAGAAAUCGGCGAUGACGACGAGGACGAGUGUUAUAAUCUACGAGCAUCCGGAAAUAUCAAACAGCUGGAAAAGGUCGAUGGACCUCAGUGGUGGGGAUUUUCGGUUUCCUGUGAUUGCCCAGAAUUUUUGCGGCAGCGCCUUCGGUGCGAUACAGAAUCCGGUUGGACAGAAAACUUUGUGUGCCCACAUUUGGGAAGAGCUCUAGAGCUAGCUACCGAUCCUGAACAAAUGAAGAAAGGAAAUAAUAAAAAUGAUACUGAGGGUGAGGGCAGCAUGGACACACUUCUAGCCACUGAUGGCAGUGACGCCAUUUCUAGAGAUUUUGAACAAAUGAAGAACUACAAUAAUGGCAAUGAUAGUGAGGACGACAACAGCAUGGACGCACUUCUAACCGUCAAUGACAGUGACGGUAGUACUAGCAUUGCGAGAUAUCCCGAACGAACGAGGACCUAUGGUAAUGAGGACGAGGACAGCAUGGUAUAUAGUGCAGACGAGCACAGUAUGGAUGCACUUGUAACUGUUGAUGGCAGCAGUGAGGGUAGCACUAGCAUCAUUCUUGAAGGUGAAAACAGUCUGGGCUCCCUGCUGUCUAACAUUGACAAUGCCAGUGUGGAUGGAAGCAGUAUGAGUGCAAUUCUAUCUGUUGAAUAA